AUGUUCUACGCCACAGCAGGACAGCAAGCUACCCAGCAACCGCCCCCAUCAAGAGCCGCCAUCCCAGGCUACCCAAGAGCAGGACCCCCAGGCUUUGGUGUCAGGAACUCUGAUACGAGCGACUUUCCAGCUCUCGGAUCGCACCCUCAACAUACAACCAACUAUGCUACCCAAGGGUCGAAUGCUGCUUCAUCCCAACAGAACUCGCAUCUGCAACAGCAACAACUGUAUCUCCAGCAGCCCCAACAACAGCAGCCGGGCGUGACACCCCCACCUCCACCGGGGAUAUCAGGACCUGCUGUCGGAGCCGGCGCCCAGACAAACGGAGGGAUUGCAGAUGACUUUCCGGCGCUGGGGAACGGGGAUGGGAAAGAUGGUCGGCUCACCAACUUUCUUCGAAAUCCAUCCCACCAAAUCCCUUCUUCGCCCGCCCCAUUACCGAACGGCACGAAUAAUGCGAGCGUAUCACACUCUGUGGCCGUGACUCCGUCAACCAACCCCCCUCAUCCUCACUCGGGCGCGGGCGGUCCCCCAUCAACAACAGAGUCUUGGCAAAGACAGUCGCCGAGACCUUCAGAACCUGUUGUGCGACCAGUGCAGCAGCUGCUGAGCUCUCCUGUUGACAGAUGGGGGCUGAAAGCGCUGUUGUAUGAGAUCCAGAUACAUAUGAACAAGACGGAUAGAGGGAUGAUGGUGUUUGGCGAGGAUCUGGAAGAAUUGGGUGUUGACGUCAACACAGACGAAGCGCUCUAUCCCUCAUUCGUGACUCCAUGGGCCGACCCUAAUUCUUUACCGCCCCCUCAAAUCGAAGAAGCGUACCACAUUCCCCAAUGCUAUUACGUCCACGCCCCUCCAGUGGAAAGCAAGUUGCAGAACUUUACCGAAGAUACCCUGUUUUUGGCAUUCUACAUGUCGCCUCAGGAUGUAUUGCAGCUUCGUGUAGCUGAGGAAUUGUAUGCUCGAGGAUGGCGCUACCACACUGAACUCGCUACAUGGCUUACAUCGCCUUCCCUCCCCUCCAUCGAUCUCGCCAAGACCGACCGUUCCGGCGGACAACCCAACUGGAUCCGUGGCCCCUUCCAAUACCUCGACACCCGCUCAUGGGUCAAGCAGAGAACAGCAGAGGACUUUAUGAUUGAUGCCAACGUGCUCGAACUCACGAGGCGGGCAGAUGAUAUCAUCCGGGAAGAAGCUGUCAGGAAGGAGCAGAAGGGCCAAAGUCCCAAUCCCAAUGGUGGGGCUGUUGGCGUUCCUUCAGCUCAAGGACAACAAAUGCCCCACCAGCGGUGA